AUUUUUUUUUGUCAAAUUGAUGCACCAUUUGCGCAUCCGUGGGCAAGCAAUUAUUAAUUUAGUCGGACUCGGACUUAAAUAACAUCUUAAAAAUUUACUCAAACGAAUUGAAAGGAAAGUGUAAUUGAUCCAUUACAAAGAAUAUUAUCAUUAUUACUUUUACCACUCUAUGUUGCCUUAGCCUUUAGCUAUAGAGUUGUUUUUGAUUUAUUUUACAUAUUUUAAAAAGAUUAUUAAAAUAAAAUGGAUUUUGUGAAAAAGGGAGAUAAUAUCUUAAUUAUUUGGAAUAAAAGUGAACAAAAUGACAUUGCUAACUUUGUAAAUGAAAUUAAAAGCAUAGCUACAGAAGGAAAUGUUUUUCUAGAAAACUCCACAAUGAUCAAUGACUCAUCUAGACCUAAAUCUUCAUUUGAUGCUGUUCUAUGCAAUCUCAUUCCACCGCAUUCCGUUGAACACAGUGAUAGUUUAUUAUCCUUAAUAAUAAAGAUUCUUAAGCCAAGUGGUAGAUUAACUGUCAAAGAUAAUACAGAUCUGUCCAGUACAUUAAAACUCAAUGGUUUUGUUAAUGUAACAAAAAGUGCUGAUAAUACAUACAUUGCAGAAAAACCUAAAUUUGAGGUGGGUUCAAAAGUAUCAUUAAAACUGGGACAAAAGCCUGCAGUAUGGAAAUUAGAUGACACAGUAGAGGAGGCAUGGACAGGAGGCAACAAUGAUGAAAUUAUUGAUGAUGAUCAACUUCUGGACGAGGAUGACUUGAAGAAGCCGGACAAACAAUCUCUUAGAGUUUGCGCUACAACGGGCAAGCGUAAGGCGUGUGCGGAUUGCAGCUGCGGCUUGGCUGAGGAGCUGCGAGGUGAAACUAAAGACACGCCGAAAUCGUCUUGCGGGAGUUGUUACCUUGGAGAUGCGUUCCGUUGUGCGACCUGUCCGUACCUCGGCAUGCCGGCUUUUAAGCCUGGAGAAAAAGUGUUGUUGGACCUAAAGUCUGAUAUAUGAGUUAUGCAGUAUAGUUCAUAAUUUCCUUAGAAUCUGUUGUAAACUAAGAUGGUUUUCAACUUUAUUUUAAUAGUAUUCGAGUUGUGAUUGCUUUUUAAUAAAUAUUUUGUUUAUAUUUUA